AUAGACAUAGGAUUAGGGUUUAGGGUUAUUGUGUUAGCCUAUAUACAUAUAUAUAUAUAUAUAUAAGUAUAGUCUGUAGAGGAGGGUAGCGUUUAUACUACCUGAUAUAAUAUAUAGAGGAAGAGAAUUACGGAGACGGGGAUCCACAGACGAAAAUGUCUGCGCCGGUGGAGCAAACGUCCGGCGUGACACCAGACGACGCCGUUAGGGAAGCCCACUUCUCAAAGCGAGUCCUGAUACGUUCCAUACUGGGCCGGGCCGACGGCGGGGCUGGGCUGGCGGGCCAGAAGGUGAGGGUCGGGGGCUGGGUGAAGACGGGCCGAGAGCAAGGCAAAGGCUUGUUCACUUUCCUGGAGCUCAACGACGGUUCUUGCCCGGCGAACCUCCAGGUCAUAGUCGACGCCUCCGUCGCUCCUCUCGCUCAGUUGGUUGCGACUGGCACGUGCGUAUACGUGGAGGGAGAGCUGAAAGUGCCUCCUGAAGGGACGAAGCAGAGAAUCGAACUUAGGGUUCAGAAGAUUCUCGAUGUGGGAACUGUCGAUCCGGCCAAUUAUCCCUUGCCUAAGACCAAACUCACUCUAGAGUUUCUCAGGGGUUACGUCCAUCUUCGCCCCAGAACCAAUACGAUUUCUGCAAUUGCUCGAAUUCGGCAUGCACUGGCUUAUGCGACCCACACAUUCUUCCAAAAGCAUGGGUUUCUCUACGGACACACUCCUAUUGUCACAACUAGUGAUUGUGAGGGUGCUGGUGAGAUGUUUCAAGUCACAACUUUGAUCAAUGAUGCCGAAAGAUUGGAGAAGGAGCUGAUAAAGAAUCCUCCUCCAUCAGAAGCUGAUGUGGAAGCAGCUAAGCUUUUUGUCAAGGAGAAAGGACAAGCUGUCGCGGGACUAAAAUCGGCUAAAGCAAGUAAAGAGGAAAUUAGUGCCUCUGUGGCUGAGCUCACAAAGGCAAAGGAGAAUCUUUCAGUGGUGGAAGAGAGAUCUAAGCUUAAACCUGGUAUACCUCAGAAGGAUGGGAAUAUUGAUUAUUCCCGAGAUUUUUUUGCCCGUCAAGCAUUUUUGACUGUUUCUGGACAACUACAUGUUGAGACGUUUGCAUGUGCCCUAAGUAGUGUCUAUACGUUCGGGCCAACUUUUCGAGCUGAACACUCUCACACUUCGAGGCAUCUAGCUGAGUUCUGGAUGGUGGAGCCUGAGAUAGCAUUUGCUGAUAUUGAGGAUGACAUGAAAUGUGCGGAGGCAUAUGUGAAAUUUUUGUGUCAGUGGUUACUUGACAAUUGCCUCAAUGAUAUGGAAUUUAUGGCCAAGAAUUUCGAUAAAGGUGCCAUCGAACGGUUAAGAAUGGUUGCUUCAAGUGACUUCGUCCGCAUCUCUUACACAGAAGCAGUGGCCAUUCUUGAGGAGGCAGCAAAAGAGAGGCAGUUUGAGAACAAAGUGGAAUGGGGGAUUGAUUUGGCAUCUGAACAUGAAAGGUAUUUGACUGAAGUGAAAUAUAGAUCACCUGUUAUUGUGUAUAAUUACCCAAAAGGUAUUAAAGCAUUCUAUAUGAAGGUCAAUUCAGACAAGAAGACUGUUGCUGCUAUGGAUGUGCUUGUACCGAAGGUGGGAGAAUUAAUUGGAGGAAGCCAAAGGGAAGAACGUUAUGAGGUCAUUAAAGAAAGGAUAUUAGAGAUGGGUCUGCCCCUUGAGCCUUAUGAGUGGUACCUUGACCCGCGGCGCUAUGGGACUGUAAAGCAUAGUGGAUUUGGUUUAGGCUUUGAAAGGAUGAUUCUUUUUGCUACUGGGCUCGACAAUAUUAGAGAUGUUAUUCCCUUCCCCAGAUACCCAGGAAGAGCAGAUCUUUAAGAUUUAAUCCAAUAUCCUACGUGAAUAUACAUGAAUGCAAGGGUGUGCAUCAAAAUUGAAUACAGAGACUAUGAUAGUGAAUUUUUAGCUACUUUUUGCGAUGUUAAUCCUUGAGAUCAUCAAUUUAUCCGGAUCAUUGUUUCAGAAACUUGCUGUUAUUGGGUGUUCUUAUUGGUUUUUGGUUUUUC